CCGAGACAGCGACUCCCCGUCCCCUCCACCGCCGCUAUAAACCCUCCCCCCUCGCCGCCUCCAUCUCCACCAUCGUUCUUGCCCCCAAGCUUCAUUUUUGCGAUCCACUCGCUCCCAGUUCCCGGUGUAGUAAUUCUUUGCCCUUGUGAGUAGUACUGCUAUCAAUCAAGGGUGGGAAACAGAGCUGCUAUUUAGAGAAUGGAGUGCAGCGGCGACGAGGUGGUGGAGCUGAGCUGUGCCCGCGCCGGCGGAGACCCCGGGGAGUACGCCGCGGUGCUGAAGAGGAAGCUGCAACUGUACUGCGCCGCCGUGGCCAAGACCAUGGAAGCUAAACCUCAAGAAUCUUCUUUGAACUGCCUCAAUUCACAAGCUUCGGACACUUCGCCAUUGGUUUCUCAAGCUUCUUUUGAUUGUGACGGUACUGUUGUUCAAGGAAAGCCAGCUAAUAGUUGUACAUCAAAGGAGCAGUCAGAUGAUGACGAUGGGGAUCUCGAGGAAAAUACAGACCCUGCCAGUGCCAAGCGCGUGAAGAGGAUGCUGUCAAAUCGAGAAUCUGCCAGGAGGUCAAGGAAGAGGAAGCAAGCCCACCAAAAUGAUAUAGAAUCACAGGUUACCCAGUUAAGAGCUGAGAAUGCAUCUUUGCUAAAGCGCCUGACUGACAUGACUCAGAAAUACAAGGAAGCUUCCCUUGGCAACAGGAAUCUUACAGUUGAUAUUGAGACUAUGAGGAGAAAGGUGAAUAUAGCUGAAGAAGCUGUCAGGAGAGUAACUGGAGCAAGCUUGAUGUUCUCCACUACAUCAAACAACGUGCCCUUGUCUUCAUGUGUAUCUGUUGCAGCUUCUGCUGAUGCUGUUCCCACUGAGGAAAACAUGAGCCAUUUCCUCCAGGGUUUACUUGAAGACGAUCUGAUCAAACAUGACCUCUCAGAGGUAGCAACCCCUUUGCCCAAUGGGGAAGAGAUGACCUCAAGGCCAGCCCCUUUGCAACGCGUCGCGAGCCUGGAGAACCUGCAGAAGAGGAUCCAUAGAGAUUCAGUGCACACUGAGGACACGUCGAGUUUCCCGGACCAUGAAGUCCCUGCCAAUGGUUAGUAACUGGACUGUAUAAUUCUCCAGUGGGCUAAGUUUUGUCGUAAAGUAUGGAGGCUGUGGCGUCCGUGUAUAUCUGGAUGCUGAACUUUGUGUAUACUAUUUUGAAGGUAAAUAACCUGCACUUCAGUCUUCUUAUCCUGCUUCUUCGGGCUUCUCAGCCUUGUGAAUAUCGUGCACAAGCAGAUAACUGUACUGCACAUGUCAGUGAUGAGCCUGAACUGUGUUUUCCAUUUGGUGAACUUUGUGAUGGUACUGAGGAAUUGUGCCUAAAUUUUGA